AGCAGGGCACCGCGGCUGUGCUCGUCGGAGACGGGCGGCCACAAGAUCAGAGCACAGGCGGCUUUUGCGGACGAAUGGCACGAACGGAGCGAUUCCGUCGUCGUGCAAGUUGCCGCUUCAUACUUGUACUUGAAAGAGGUUGGGGGUUUCCUAACCCUCGCGAUGGCUACUUCCUAUGGGCUUGUCCCUCUUGGGCCCAAGCUCGUGCUCGAGAAAGCCACGACGUUGGAGCAGCGGGUGGAGGCGACAAGGGCAAGGCUGCCAAUUGUGGAGUUUCUGGGGCUGCACUUGGAAGGGAGUUUUGCGGAGGCGAUGUUGCAGUAG